AUGGCAACCUCUCAGAUAUCGUCUCAACAACCGAAAUCACCUAACGAAGAACCGAUCACUUCGCCAUCUCAUCUCGAUGGCGUCGUCUAUCUAUACGGUCACCCGCUCCUGGGCUCGCUGUCACCUCUGCUACACCAGACAAUCUACGAUGCCCUCGGCCUGAAUUGGAGACAGAUCCCACUCUCCGUAUCGGACACUUCGGCGCCCACCUUCCCACCGCCGUACACGCGAUCGCCUCCCAUCGAGACCUUCCUCACGCAGACGCGGGCAAACCCCAAAUUCGUCGGGUCUUCCGUCACAAUGCCCUGGAAAGUGAGCAUCAUGCCGCAUCUGGACGAAUUGACAGACGAGGCGAAGCAGUGUGGUGCCUGCAACACCAUCUUCAUUCGCAAAGACAAUGGAAGGCGAAUCUUCGUCGGAACCAACACCGACUGCGUCGGGAUAAGAGAAGCCCUGCUACAAAAUCGCCUGGCGAAAUACGUCGACGCAAAAAUUUCUAACCCCUACCAGGACAAACCUGCCCUGAUAAUCGGGGGAGGUGGUACUGCUCGCGCUGCCAUCUACGCAUUGCGGACGUGGCUCGGCGUCAGCAAGAUCUAUAUCGUCAACCGGGACGCAGCCGAAGUAGCAUCCAUUCUUGCCAAGGAAAAAGAUAGACCUGAGAAUGUCAGAGAUAAAGCUGAAAUUAUCCAUAUCACGGAUAUCAGCCAAGUUCAGAGUGCAGAGUUCGAACCCCCCGAAGCGAUCAUCUCCGGCAUCCCGAACUACCCUCCCAGAACACCAGAGGAGAUUCGAACAAGACGGAUCAUCGAAGCGGUCCUACAACGAAGUUCGAAUAGCAAAGAGAAAGGGGUCGUUCUGGAGAUGUGCUAUCAUCCGCUGCCGUGGACGAACAUCGCCGAACUGUCCUCCCAGGCAGGGUGGAAAGUCAUUCUCGGAACCGAAGCACUGAUCUGGCAGGGCUUCGAGCAGGCAAGACUGUGGACGGGGAAGGAUGUCGCCUCGCAUCCCGGUUUGGUGGAACGAGUCAAGGAGCUGAUUGAGAAGGAGAUUACAAAGAGGUUGAGAGAGAUGAAGCAGAAAUUAUAA